AUGGCAGCACGGACAGUUUACAGGGCAUCAGCCUUGUUGAACAGAGCAACAGCAUUGCGUCCUGUAUCUACUCCAUUAACACUGAGAUGCAUUUCCUCUACCUCUACUACUCAUGGCGGACAUGCUAUUGCCAAACAUGACCACCACGACCAUCAUGAUGAUCAUCAUGGUCACCAUGAACAGUUUAAUGAGCCUGGAGGUCCUUUGUUUGGACACAAGGCUACAGAACAGUUUUCAUCAGUCUUUCAAGCUAUCAAUGCUUUGGUUUAUAUCGCCUGGCAAUCGAAACUAUCAAUUCGACUUACAGACAUAUUCAUUCCAAUGGAGGUUGCUCGUGUCGAGGCAAUUCGGCGUAUGGCUGAGCGAGGAGAGAAAUUCGACUAUCCACUACCGCCGCAUUAUACUGAGAAAUAG